AUGUACAAUCCAGUGCCUUUCGCUGCACUCUGGGUGUAUUCCCAUUUGGUCUUCCUGGCUCGAGCUUUACCCUCUCCUAGGCAAAGCGAUGACCUAGUCGGGUAUUUCUUUGUGCACUUCUAUGACCGCGAGGCAUCAAUAUUCGCACACCUCAGUAACGGAAACAACCCGCUCUCCUACCAGACUCUCAACAGCGACAAUGCUAUCCUCGUCCCGACCAGUGGGACAGGUGGUGUUCGGGAUCCGUUCCUUGUCAGCAGUCCCGAUAAGUCCAAAUUCUGGAUCAUUGGCACAGAUCUGCUCAUCGACAACACCAACUGGGAUGCCGCUACCGAUUGGCUUGCGGAGGUUGUUGGUGAGACAGCUGGAAUGGCUUGGGCUCCCGAAGCUAUCUGGGAUGCAGAUGCAGAGAAAUAUCUCGUUUAUUGGUCAUCAAGAUUCUAUGAUGCGGACGACACUGCUCACACUGGAACAGCUACAGAGGACCGUAUCGUAUCCGCCUACACUUCCGACUUCCGAACAUUCACUGAAGCGAUGGAUUACAUCGUCAUACCUGGCACUCCCAUCAUUGACCUCACAAUCCUCCCUCUCUCCGAUGGUGAAUAUAUCCGGUUUAUCAAGAACGAGACAGUUCUUCGUGUAUGGGCCGAGCAUUCCAAUGGCGGUCUCUUUGGAACCUGGACGAAGAUCGGAGAUGGAUAUGUUAACCCGUAUGUGACUGAGGGGCCGCUCGCGUUCCAUGACAAUGAGGUUGAGGGUCGUAUUCACCUUUGGCUGGAUGAAUAUGGUACUGAUACCCGAGUUUAUGGAUAUGUACCGCAGUAUACCGAUGAUGGGGGUGUUACUUGGGUGAAUGGGGACAGGAGUAACUUCCCUGCUUUGAUGAAGCAUGGUGUGGUUGUGCCGGUGAACCAGACGCAGUAUGAUGCUAUUGAGGCGAAAUGGGUGUAG